AUGGUCUCAUUAAAUCAGGAAUUAAAAGAUCAACUAAAAGUAAUAAAAACUAAAAGUGUUGAAAAAAUAUUGUCACCCUUAAUUGAUGAGUUAAUACUUUUAACUCAGGGAAGUGAUGCUAAUAGACCAAGAACCAAUAAAAGUGGUGCUACGUUAUUAGCUAAUUUACAAACAGAACUACAAAAUUUUCUUUCAAAAGCAGAGUAUGUCUUAUCUAAUUAUUCAAUUGAAAGAAAUGAUGAAAUACAACAACUGGGUGACCUUAUUGAGGAGAUUAAUGAAAAUGGAAGGCAAAUGGUUGUCAGGGGAUCAGAAUUUGUUAAUGAUACUGGGCAUCCCGUCAAAAGGGCAACUGCCAAUGAGGCAGCCAAAGAUUUAUUAAUAUCUAUUAUCAGAUUACUUAUAGUUGCAGAUCAUGUUGAUGUUCAAAAAAUUAUAGAAAAAAUUAAAAAAGCUAAAGAAAGUUUAGAUUCAUUGGAUAAUUGUAAAGAUGUCCAUGAAGUACUUGAUCGAUACUCUAAAUUUUGUGGUGAAAUUGAAGAAGUAACAAGUAUAACAAAAAAAAGAAUAAAAGAUUUAAAAAAUCCAAAUGAUAUUAUUGAUCUUCAAGCUAUUUUUUCAUCAUUAUGUAUGAAUAAACAUCCUUUAUUAACAACAACUAAAACAUAUCUUAAAAAUCCACAAUCUGAUAAAGCUAAAGAACUAAAAAAUAAUAUAUAUAAUGAGAUAAGAAAAAAUUUAAAACAUAUCGAAGAUAUUCUUGAUGAUAAAGGUGAAUGGAAUCCAAAUAACGGUGGAAUGUCACAUCUUGGUUAUAUUGAUAAAUUAAUACAAGAAUUAGAUAAUUUUCAACAUAAUAUAUAUAUGGAACCAUACUCAUUUCGGGAACAUCUUCAUAGACCAUUAUUUGAGGAACAGGUAGAAAAGAUUGUAGAUAUGUGUGCAGAGAUUGCUGAUUCAGAAUAUACUAGAGAAGAGAAAAAAAAUAAAAUAACUAUUGGAUGUAAUGAAUUAAGAUUUGCUUUACAAGAACUUAUUGGAGAAUAUAUUAAUUGUGGUAGUAAGAGUGAAUCAACUGUUGAUUUGGAUCUUGCUAUGGUUUAUCUUGGUAGAAAAAUUCGUGAUUUACGUAGACAUUUAAGGAGAGCUGCUGUUGAUUAUGCAUCUGAUGUUUUAUUAGAUACACAAAGUCCUUUAAUAAGAUUAGUUGAGGCUGCUGCUUCUGGUAAUAGAAAUGAUACUGUUAAAGAGGCAAAAAAUUUUAAAGAAUAUAUAAAUGAAGUAAUAAAAGUUUCUGAAUUAUGCUCAAAAAUGAGUAAUAAUAUUGAAGGUAUUAGAAAUGUUAGAUUUUGUACAUUUCAAAUUAAAAGACUAUCUCCUGAAGUUAUUAAUGCUGCAUUUUUACUUUGUGAUAAUCCUAAUUCUAAAGAGAUACAGGAAAAUAUGGAUAUUUUUAAAAAUCUUUGGUUAAAUAAGAUGGAUCUCUUAACAAUGGCUAUUGAUUCAUUAAUGAGUGUUGAUGAUUUCUUAGCUGUAUCAGAAGCAAGAAUUGAUGAUAAUUUUAAAAGUACAAUUGAAGGUAUUGUUGCCAGUAACGUUUAUACUUUACAUAAAGCUACUAAUGAUAUACGUGGAAGAAGUUUAAGAGUUUGUGAUGUUGUUGAAGCAGAGAUGGCUCUUAUUCCACCAACAGAAUACUCUGAAGCUGUUAAAAAAGCUUCUAAAAUUUUAAGAGAUAAUGUUUUACCUCAAUUUACUGAUCAUUCUAAAGAAAUUACUCAAAGAAUUCUUGAUCAUCAAGAGAAUGGUUAUGAAAUAGACAAAAAUAGUAUGAUUGAUGAAAUGAUUGAUGCUUGUGGUUUAUUACAUAAUGCAGUAAAAAAUGUUAGGCAUGCUUUAUUAAUGAAUCGUAAUCCUGAAGAUAUUGAUUCAGAUAUUGAGUAUGAAGAAGAUGGUAUGACAACGACAAUCCCUGAUACUAGAAGUCAAGUAUCUGAUGGAGAUAAUCAACAAAGAGUCAUGAGACAUCUACCCGAAGAAGAUAAAAAGAAAAUUCAGGAACAAAUUGAUGUAUUUAAAUUAGCACAAAGAAAAUUUGAACAUGAAGUUGGUAAAUGGGAUGAGACAGGAAAUGAUAUAAUUGCAUUGGCUAAACAUAUGUGUAUGAUAAUGAUGAAUAUGACUGAUUUUACAAGAGGUCGUGGACCAUACAAAAAAACAUCUGAUGUUAUAAAAGCAGCACAAGAAAUUUCAGAUGCUGGUAAUAAACUAAAUGCUCUUGCCAGGCAAAUUGGUAACGAAUGUGUUGAAAGUGAAACAAAAAAAGAUCUUUUUGCUUAUUUACAAAGAAUUAUUUUGUAUUGUCAACAAUUAAAUAUUACAAGUAGAGUUAAGGCAGAGGUUCAAGAAAUUGGAAAUGAAUUAAAAGUUAGUGGUUUAGAUUCAGCUAUGAGUUUAAUUCAAACAGCUAAAAAUUUGUUGAAUGCUGUUGUAUUGACAGUUAAAGCAGCAUACAUAGCAAGUACCAAAUAUCGUAGUAAAGAAAAUAAAUCUCGUAGUAUUGUUGAAUGGACUGUUGCACCACCUAAAAAAGUUAAAAUUAUAAGAAAUCACGACAAGCCACGAAACGGUGUAAUAAGAAGAGCUUCCGAAAGAAGAGAAAUAAAUCCGUUAAAAGCACUACAAGAAUUUAGUGUUAACUAA